CUCAGCUUGCAUCUACAACAUCGAAGCGCCUAUCAUGGCAAAUGGCAUGGAGGGAUUCGUCAAAAGCCGCGAUCCAGGAGGCGCCGCUGAGCAAUUUGCCGCACCUCAUGCCAGCCGCCCACCAACUGUUCAAAAGAUACGCGACACACAGGAGCACGACGUUCAACACAAUGUGUACGGGACUGACACGGAAGGUUUCGAUGACACUCGCUCUUCUCUCAGUGAACAAGUCGAUUCAGAUGGCGAUCACGACGAAGGAGAGUAUGACCAGGAAGAACAGCACAGUUUAGAUCACAUCCUUGAGCUAGACGCAUCACAACUUGAUCAUGCCAUGUGGCAGAUGAGAAACGGUCAAUUGAGGGGCCAUCAGAUCAAUUCAGAUCCAGAGUCAUACCCUCCCACGACUUCUGGCGAGCCGGAACCUAUGGAAGAGUACGAGACCCAGGAUGAAGGCGCCUUCGUGCCUCAACCAGCCCAAGCAUAUGCUGAGCCCGCUCGUGAUGCUUACACGACUAACGUUCCAACUGAGCACCAUCCUCCUGUGGUGGCCAUGCCCAUACAACCACGUCAUGUGAUACCCUCCAAAGAGGAAUUCAAGACUCAGGCCAAGCUCACUCUCACCCAGAAAGACAUAUUGCGUCAAAAGAAGUCGCAAAGCAAAGCACAAGUCACUUCUAAUAAUCAAGCCGCGCCUGCCCAAGAGCAACUUCGGGGUCAUGGUCAGCACUAUACAAGCCACAAGCAUCCUUCCAAGUCGCCAGACCAUGCCUCGCCAUCUCUGAAUGACCAAUCUGAGCAUCCACACCGCCAAGCCCCUCAGAUCAAGCCCGAAGAAGGCAAUCGUCGCCACCAGCGUUCGAACGGAGCUACUCAUCCUCAGCAAAGAGCUAAGAAUGCCGAGCCUUAUAACCAGGGUGUCAAGAGAGACGAUUAUCCUCAACAAGGAUUCGACAGAACCGAUCGUCAUGAGCAACGCUUUAACAGAGCAGACCAACGUGUGCAAUAUACCGACAGGGAUGAUCACCAUGAGCAGCAAGAGCUCGACCACGCUCCUGAAGAAAGCCACGAACAGGACCCAGAGCCAGAAGAGCUUGACUACGAUCCAGAAGAGUUGUUCAUCAAAAGCCUCGACGAGCUGCAGAGAGAUCCUUUCGAGGGACCACCGCGCGAAGAGCCCGAAGUCCCUCCUACAGACUUCUCUUCAAAGUCGCUAGAAGAAAAGCUUAAGCUUGCCGCCGGCUUCGAGCCAGAAAAGCAAAGGAAGUUCCUCGCCUCGCUGACUAUUGACGAGUGGGAGACCGCCGGGGAUUGGUUUCAAGAUCGUUUCUCCGAAGUCUUCGAGAAGCUCAAGGAGGCACGUCGAGCCAGACGCACACUUGCGAUGAAGUAUGAACAAGAGAUUGCCAAAAGACAACAGGAAGUGUCAAAGAAGAGAAAGAUUACCGAAGAGGCUCUGUCAGGAAUGAGGGUGACCGGUGCCCAGGUUCUGGACAGUACGCCCAAGAAGAAGCAGAAGCUCAGGGAAUGAUGAGGAAGACGCGGUCGAUGCUGGCUUACGAUGGUGAUGAUGGAUGCAUGAUAGCGGCGUGUUCUCUUUCCUUGGUUUUCUCAUUUGUGGCAUUUCAUGGCGCUCUAUACCCUAUCUGUCGACUGUCGAUGGCUUUUUUGCUCUUUUCACUGUUGCUAGAGGAUGUUUAGUUUGUGGCUUGAGCUGUCUACAUCUCUCUGUUCAUGAGAAUAUAUCAUAUGGCUUUUGCUCCCGA